UUUUACUCUGAAGUAACCGAAGAAGAAGAAGAUCCACAUUGGUCCGCCGGAAGGAGUAAAACGCUUCUUAGUUGUUCAACGUCGAUGCGGGUAAAGUCGACAUUUCUGUAAAUCAUGGCGGGGAUUCUGUGCCGUACUGCAAGCCGAAUCAUAUCGAGUCAAGUAUCGUGUAGUACCUCUGUGGUUGCUGUCAGACACAGUCACUGGUUCACAUCAAUGCUUUCCCUGAAAACCUCUAUGCCACUGAGAGCAGAACCCAAGAAGAAGAAGAAGGUGGACCCUCGUCGUGAGAUGCUGAUGAAGGAGCGUCUGAAGAAAAAGCUCAAGAAGCUGGAGAAAGUUCCGGCAGAACUGAUUCCUAUUGAAGACUUUAUUAUCCCGGCUAAGUGCUUUGAUGAGACCAGGAUCCGUGACGCUCCUAAGCUGUCUUUUGAGGAGAGCGAACGCAGAGCCCUUCUGCUGAAGGACUGGUCCAGAUACAAGUACGCCCAGCACCAGACGGAGAUGGACGCCAUCAAAGAGGCGCUGGAGGCCCAGAGACAAGCUCUGGAUGAGCUGAAGCUGGAGUCAGAAGAGCUUUAUAAAGCGGCGCUCAGCCCAGAUAUGGAUAUGUUCCCUAUCCGGCACGAAGGGCCCAGCUACACCCCGGCCAUCACGAACUACGAGGCUCCAGAGGGCAAAUACAAUGACGUUACUCGGGUUUACACGCAGUGAGCUCGAGCGUGACGCCCGCGUUUUCUGCUCUGAUGAGAACAAACCGAAUGAACUGUAUUACCAUGGUGUAGAUUAUCGUUCUUCAUGUGUUAGUCAUCAUUAAAUCAUGUUUAAUAUUUUAA